AUGCUCGCGAACGGGCUCAUCCUGCUCGCGCUGUGCGCACUCGGCCAUGCCGCUCCAGCGACCCACCUCAGCCCGCGCAAGACGUCGGGCAGCUCCGACAGCGGCGGCUACAAGCUGCGCGCACCGCUCUCGCCGGCGGGCUUCACGAGCGACAAGUGGAUCAAGGCGUACGAGAAGGCCGUGUCCUACGUUGAGGGCAUGACGCUCGAGCAGAAGAUCAACUUUACCGACUUCCAGUCGACGACGAACGGCUGCAGCGGCCUCGGCUACCCGCUCGACGACAUCGGGCUCACGCAGGGCAUCUGCACCGCCGACGGCCCCACGGGCGUCAACUCGCGGUACAGCACCCAGUUCCCGGCCGAGGUGACGACGGGCGCCACGUUCGACGUCGACCUCAUCUACGCCCGCGCCGUCGCCGUGGCCAAGGAGUACCACACGCUCGGCGCGCACGUCCCGCUCUCGAUCUGCAUCGGCCCGAUGGGUCGCUCACCGUACGGCGGCCGCAACUGGGAGACGUUCUCGCCAGACCCGUACCUGACCGGCACUGCGGCGCACCUCUCGGUCCUCGGCUUCCAGGAGCAGGGCGUCGUCGGCCUCGUCAAGCACUUUGUCGGCAACGAGCAGGAGUACCUGCGCUACGGCACCCCGAGGGGCUACGUCCCGAACGUCGUCAACACGACCGUCGACUCGAUCAUCGACGAGGCGACGACCCACGAGCUCUAUGUGUGGCCUUUCGCCGAGGCGAUCAGGGCGGGCAGCGGCAGCUUCAUGUGCGCAUACCAGCAAGUGAACGGCACGUUUGCCUGCGAGAACGACCACCUCCUCAACACGGUCCUCAAGAAGACGCUCAACUUCCACGGCUGGGUCAUCACCGACUGGGGCGCGGGCCACAGCACGCUCUCGUCGGCCGUCAACGGCACCGACUACAUCGGCUGGGCCGGCGUCGACCAGCACCUGUUCGGCGAGGCGCUCGCCGGCUACGUUGACAACGGAACGGUCCCGAUCGAGAUUGUCGACGACAAGAUCAUCCGCAUCCUCACGCCGUACUUUGCGCUCGACCAGGCGAGCCUUCCCAAGACCGACUUUGCCCGAUUCGUCGGCAACGACUACUCGACCGAGACGGCGCGCAAGGUGACCGAGGGCGCCAUCACGCUCCUCAAGAACGUGCGCUCGGACAACAACUCGCACGGCCUGCCCCUCAACAAGCCUCGGGACCUCCUCCUCGUCGGCUCGUCGGCUGCGCCCGCUCGGUCCGGGAUCCUCAACAACCUCGGUUUCGACUUCAUGGGCUCGUCCGAGGCCGACUUUACCGGCUGGAACAGCGACGGCUACGGCUCGGGCGGCUCGCCGGCGCCGUACAACCUCGACCCGACGGCGGCCAUGACGGCUCGCGGCCGCAAGGAGGAGCGCCCGGUCGUCACCGACUACUACACCUACGACAACCCGACCGAGGGCCAGGUGCCGAGCUGGAUGACCAACGGGACCAACUACUUCCUCGACACCAAGCUCCUGUACUCGAACGCCGCCGUCGUCUUUGUCACCGCUGUCGCUCGCGAGGCCUUUGACCGCACCGACCUCGAGCUCCAGAACAACGGCUCGGCCCUCGUCGAGUACGUCGCGAACCACCACAACGACACGAUCGUCGUCGUCACUGCGCCGGGCCCUGUCGACAUGUCGCGCUUCGUCGACCACCCGAACGUGACGGCCAUUCUCUACACCUACUUUGGCGGCCAGGAAGGCGCCACGGCCAUCGCCUCGACCCUGUACGGCGACGUCAACCCGAGCGGCAAGCUCCCCUUCACAAUCGCGCGCGACGUGUCCGACUACCCGGACGCGCUCUACAACGGCUCGGUGACGACCAACCCGGUCUCUAACUUCUCCGAGGGCGUCUUCAUCGACUACAAGCACUUUGACGAGCAGGAGAUUGAGCCGCUCUUCGAGUUUGGGUUCGGCAAGAGCUACUCGAGCUUCGAGGUGUCGAACAUCGCCGUCAAGGCCAAGAGCGAGAAGGUGCCGGCGAGCGUGCGCGAGACGAACGAGAAGCUGUUCGUCGACGGCAAGGAGACGUCGGGCCUGUACGACAUCGCGUACGAGGUGACGGCGUCGGUCAAGAACACGGGCUCGGUCGCCGGCGCCGAGGUCGCUCAGCUCUACCUCACCUUCCCCUCGUCGACCCCGAACAAGAUGCCGCCCCGCUCCCUUCGCGGCUUCUCGAAGCCUCACCUCGCCGCGGGCGCGACGGCCCAGGUCACGUUCCAGCUGCGCCACAAGGACCUCGCCGUGUGGGACGUGACGCACGGCGGGUGGAUGCUCGCGCACGGCGAGUACAAGCUCGCGGUCGGGACGAGCAGCCGCAAGAUUGCCGAGACGGUCACGCUCGAGCUCUGAGCUGGGCUCUGUCGAGGUCGGCGCGCACCGUCCUGACGCUUCCCGAGCGGACCCUCUUCGCUUUGCGAUCCCCCUCUGCCGCACGGACCCUCCCUCUUUCUCUUCCCCCUUCCCAUUCCGUCACACGUCCAAAAUCUGCAAGCAGUCUCUCUCGUU